AUGCCCUCUGGAGCAGCUGCUGUCGGUCUAUUCCUCAGCCUAACCUUGGCCGUUACCAAAGGUACCCGGUUUGAGGGUCACUCACUUGGGCCGCCGUGUCGUCCCAGCCAUGUUUGCACACUAGCCUUUGUCUCUGACAACCCAGUGUUUCUGCGUUGCCCUCAUGGCUCGCUCAGGGUCUUUAUCACCUGGCAGUAUUUCGAUCCGGCCCAGAGCGACGAGCAGCCCGCCACUUUUCUACACUCCAGGAGCACCUUUGGGCCUGUGGUCAGCCAAGCCCAUUUGCGAAGGUUGCAGUCAAAGUCCCGCCUCUUAAACAGCAACCUCUACAACCCAAGCCCCAGCGUGCAGGACUCUGGCGUGUACACCUGCCGCACGGGCGAUGCCACGCUGGCCUAUUACCAGGUCGAUUUCCAGGAUGCCAACAGCAUCCACGUCUCGCACGCCAGCCUUGGGGAGGCCACUCUGGCCAACACCACUGUCAACGUGACGAACGAGUUGCAGGCCAAGCUGUUUACCUCCUGGAGUCCCUGGCAACCCUGUGAUCGCUGCGGCCGUCCUGGAGAAAGGAAGCGGGUUGGAUUUUGUUAUGCUCAGGUGAUCUCCUGGAAGGAGCACCGUGUGGAGCAGCUGCUGCCGUGCGGAGUGGCCCAGAGGAAGCACCCGACGCUGCCCAAACGGGGGCCAGAGCUGAGAGUGGAAGCCUGCCAGGUCCCCUGCAAUGAGUCCCACCUGCUUGCCAAGGAGGAGCCCGGCACAGUGCCGCUUUUCGUCUACACCAUCUACCACCCCAGUUUCCAGGACACCACCUACUUACGCUGUCCGACCUCUUCUAUCUACAGCCCCGUUUACUGGGAGGAAGGCUCCACAGCACUGACCCGCCUCCAACUUCUCCAGCAGAACCGUAGUUCUCAUAACUUGGACGAGGCAACCGGAGGAGGGAUCCUUCGCCUCUCCUUCCAGAACCGCUCGCAGAGAGUUUUCUACCAGUGCUACGUCAACGGGCAUUUGGUGGGCAAGUUUCUGAUCACCGCCCCCAGCCGUGUCGGAGAGCCGACCUACACUUACUCCAUCGUCGAGGCGCUUGUGGUGGGAAUGUCCAUGUUCCUGGUCUUCCUGAUGUUCCUCAGCAUCAUCCAGUCCUGCAGGAAGAAACCAGGAACCACAAUGGUCUAGGUGCAUGAUGCGCCGCAGACGCUCCAGAAACAGCACAUGGGUUGC